CAAGGUCACGGAAUGCCUCCUUCAAUGAUGGCCCAAGGAAUGCAAGGUCAUGGUUUGCCUCCAUCAAUGAUGGUCCAAGAAAUGCAAGGUCAUGGAAUGCCUCCUUCAAUGAUGGCCCAAGGAAUGCAAGGUCAUGGGAUGCCUCCUUCAAUGAUGGCCCAAGGAAUGCAAGGUCAUGGGAUGCCUCCUUCAAUGAUGGCCCAAGGAAUGCAAGCACAGCCCAUGCCUACCAGUAUGCCUGGGCAACCACCUAUACCUGGUAUGCGAGGGGGCUUGUCACCAAUGAUGUUGCGUAUGAUGGCUAGACAAAGAGCUAGUCGCAUGAUGGCAUCUGGAUUGUCUCCGGUGAUGCGUCCUGGUAUGUCUCCACGGAUGCCCAAGGCAACAGUAGCUGAAGAUAAGGAAGGCAAGAAAGAUCACAAAGGUCCAUCUCCAUCCCCCGGGAUGCCGCCAAUGAAUACGUUGCGUGGUCAGCCAAUGCCUCCGACGAUGGGGCGAAUGGCAGGUAACGGCGAUGCCCAACUCACCGUGGCGAAGUUACUGGACUUCGAGAGUCAGAUAGACGACAUCAGGAAGGCAGUACUCGGCAGCUUCUACAAGGAUCUCCUCCAGUUCCGUGCUAUCUCCAAGGUGUACCGCCUUAAGAUGAUGUCGAAGCUCGCCCUGGUGAAGGAGUUGGAGGGGCGGAUCGCGAUGCCCGUGAGAAACAUCAUGGCCUUGAAGAACACCGAGGUCCCCCUCCCAGGGCAACCCCGCCAUCGGCCAGCGAUGCCAGGGCUACCCCAGGCUAUGGAAGGCAUCGUAGUGGAGGGUCCCGGAAUGACACAUGCACAAAGACCUUUCUAGAGCCACACAAUAACACAUUUCGCUCUCGCUGGUUAUUCCGAAAGUUUGUCCUUACUUUCUUGUAUCAUUUUUUUCCAUCUUUAAACACAAGUACAAGAGUCCAACUGAUUACUUCUGAAACAUAGCUAAGCAUCGUUAAUGAUUAUUACAUACUCAGUGUCCUGUAUCAUGUAACCUUGACGCAAUAAAACUCGAUAACGUCC